CAGCCAUCGUGGUCCCACCCAGCAACUCCGAUGGUUUGCUCACCAUCGCCGCACGUGGCCGUGGAUUUCGUGUGCACCCGGACUCGAAGACUUGUCGCGGACACAUUGGGGGUCGUCGUCACUAGCCCCAGCGAGACUGCGGCAACCAGGACUUUCACCGACAGCAUCUUGACUUGAUAUCAACUUGGAACGACUGGACUUGAGGAUAUCGCGGUGAAUUCGAGAAUGGCGAGCAAUGCAGCGGCGGCAAAGCGUUGGAGGUGGAAAUAUAUACCACUACAUACGAACAGGAAGACAAACGGAGGAGAUAUCUUCUUAGCCACCAGUGAUUCACUGGCAGUGAACCCACCGAGUGGCGAGGAGAUCUCGUUGAAAAGGCAAAAAAUGGAUCUUGCGCGACGGUUUGGAAAAGAUAUGGUCGGUGGCUGCAUUUUUUUUUUAUUGCUAGAAGACCCAGAUAGAGCUUCUCGCUGGACUCCUCUUGCCAUCUUUUUGUCACCUGAGUUGAACCCUGAACAGUCGAAGCAUGAUACAAGUAUAAUAUUGCAGUAACUACGUGGCUUAUUUCUCGUGGAGAAGCUCUGAUCAACCUUGAGUAUGCUGUGC